CCGCAGUAAACCCAGACCAGUCAGAAGCGAUUGAGACACCAUCGCGCGCGCACGUAUGAUUGCGGUCCCAAUAUCGCACCCUGCGCGACUCCGUUCGUAACUGGUAUUGUGAAGUGGGUGUGUCGGUGUAAGUUUACUGUGAUUGCUUGGAUCAAGUGUGUAUAGUGAAAAUUAAUAAAUAUGUUUCCGAGGAUACAAGGAUUGUUUCACUCGGUGACAGACAAAAGAGCUCACGCCACUGAAUGUGGGCAGAAAAGUCUUACAAUAGUCUCGGAGAAGAAACUAGAAGACGACUCAUCAGAUUCUUCGAGUAGCGAGAAUGUGGAGAUUGAAGACAAAUCCCUGCCCUUGGUGGAUUCUGCGCCCGCGCUGCCCUCAGAAGAAGGCCAUGCCGCCCAGUGCUCCUGCCCUAACUGCGACGAAGUACUGUCCCGGUUUUCGGAAUGCAGCAUUUGCUUAGAGCCUUUACAGUGCUGCGGUCCCUGCGUGUGCCCGUGGUGCGGCGGCGUCUGGUGCGCGCGGUGCUCCCGAAGGAUGUCCAAAUGCGCCUGGUGCCGAGGUUCCCUCAGAGCGCCCGCAAUCCCCUGCCUCGCUCUGCAGAGGCUCGUCAACGACCUGAUGCUGCCUUGUCGGAAUUAUCGACGAGGCUGCACAGACCUCCUCACAUCUGUGACCAGAUCAAAACACGAGGAAGAGUGCAAGUUCGACACCAUGACGUGCCCCAUCGCCGCCAACUGCUGUUCCAUCCCCUUCGAAGAACUCUCCAGCCAUCUCCAGUCCACGCAUAACAUCAUCGCGGUCUACUCCCAAAAGAUCAAAAUCCUCAUCGAAAACUUCCAAACGAAACUCAAAAAGACCGCCUGCUGUCGAACCAAAUACAAAAUCGUUCUUCUCCACCAAAAAAGCGCGUUCAUCAUCAAAGUCUGCAUAUACAACUACCACGUCAGAGUCGAAGUCAUGAGGCGGAAACUUGGAUACGUCGCUGACUCCAAAGCAGAAUCAAAGAAAAGCGAAUACUGCGCGCUCAUAGAAUUCCAAAGCAAAGCCUUGUGUACUAAGUCUGCAAUUCUUAUAGAGAACGAGGCUUACGGCAAAAAGGCCGAGGUGCAAUGGAAUGACAUCAUCAUGAAGUCAGAAAACGACGAAGCAAUAACCAUUCACGUGAACAUUGGCAAAUCUGAUGCGAGUCCUUCAAGAAAAGAUUCUAUCGACUCAUAAUAUUUAGUACUUAAUGAACAUGUUGUAAAUAUUAGCCUCGGCUGAAUU